GCCUGUGUUGUGUGUGUAGUGUUUGAGUGUUGAAUACCUUUAUCUGCUACACCUUUGGGGUAUUUGUAGGAUAACACAUAACCUGGUUUUAUUUUGGCUUUUUCCAGCCUUGCUAACGUGAUGACCUGACAAGAUACAGCACAGUCCUGACUAUGCAGCACAGGGACUGAUGGGAAAGGAUCCAAUAUGAGUGUAAAUGAUGUAGGAGGCAGACGACGCUUCGAGGAUAGCGAGUACACGCUGCACAUCUACCCGGGGAGCAUUGCAGAGGGGACAAUCUACUGCCCCAUCACUGCCAGAAAAACCUCCACAGCCGCUGAGGUGAUCGACUCGCUCAUCAACAAACUCCAGCUGGACAAAACAAAAUGCUACGUGCUGGCCGAAGUGAAGGAGUUCGGAGGGGAGGAGUGGAUCCUCAACCCCACGGACUGCCCGGUGCAGCGCAUGAUGCUGUGGCCGCGGCUGGCGCUGGAGAACCGCACCAGCGGCGAGGAUUAUCGCUUCCUGCUGCGCGAGAAGAACCUGGACGGCUCCAUCCACUACGGCAGCCUGCAGUCCUGGCUGCGCGUCACCGAGGAGCGCCGCAGGAUGGUGGAGCGCGGCUUCCUGCCCCAGCCCCAGCAGAAGGACUACGAUGACUUGUGCGGUCUGCCCGACCUGAACGAGAAAACGCUCCUGGAGAAUCUCAGGAACCGCUUCAAGCAGGAAAAAAUCUACACCUACGUUGGCAGCAUCCUCAUUGUUAUUAAUCCCUUCAAGUUCCUGCCUAUUUAUAACCCCAAGUAUGUCAAGAUGUACGAUAACCAUCAGCUGGGGAAGCUGGAGCCCCACAUUUACGCCGUGGCAGAUGUGGCGUACCAUGCUAUGCUGCAGAGGAAGAAGAACCAGUGCAUCGUGAUUUCAGGGGAGAGCGGCUCGGGAAAGACACAGAGCACCAACUUUCUGAUUCAUCACCUCACUGCCCUCAGCCAAAAGGGAUUUGCCAGUGGAGUAGAACAGAUUAUUCUUGGAGCUGGCCCAGUGCUUGAGGCAUUUGGAAAUGCAAAAACAGCCCAUAACAACAACUCCAGUCGCUUUGGGAAAUUCAUCCAAGUGAAUUACCAGGAGACAGGCACCGUGAGAGGAGCUUAUGUUGAAAAAUACCUCCUGGAGAAGUCCCGGCUGGUCUAUCAGGAGCACAACGAGCGGAACUACCAUGUAUUUUAUUACCUCCUGGCAGGAGCGAGCGAGGAGGAGAGAUCAGCAUUUCACCUGAAGCAGCCAGAGGAAUAUCAUUACCUUAACCAGAUGACAAAGAAACCCCUCAGACAGAGCUGGGAUGAUUAUUACUAUGACUCGGAGCCGGAUUGUUUCUCCGUGGAAGGGGAGGAUCUGAAGCACGACUUUGAGCGGCUGCAGCUCGCCAUGGAGAUGGUGGGGUUUCUGCCCAAGACACGUAGACAGAUUUUCUCUCUGCUUUCGGCGAUCCUGCACCUGGGGAACAUCCGGUACAAGAAGAAAACCUACCGGGAUGACUCCAUCGACAUCUGUAACCCUGAAAUACUUCCCAUCGUGUCGGAGCUGCUGGAGGUGAAAGAAGAGAUGCUCUUUGAGGCCCUGGUGACCAGGAAGACAGUGACAGUGGGAGAGAAGCUGAUCUUACCAUACAAACUGGCAGAGGCUGUGACCGUGCGGAAUUCCAUGGCCAAGUCGUUGUACAGCGCCCUGUUUGACUGGAUUGUGUUCAGGAUCAACCACGCACUCCUCAACUCCAAGGACAUGGAGGAAAGCACCAAGACUUUAUCCAUUGGGGUGCUUGAUAUUUUUGGGUUUGAAGACUAUGAAAACAAUAGUUUUGAACAAUUCUGCAUUAACUUUGCCAACGAGCGCUUGCAGCACUACUUUAACCAACACAUCUUCAAACUGGAACAGGAGGAAUAUAGAGCAGAAGGAAUUAGCUGGCACAACAUCGACUACAUAGACAACUCCAGCUGCAUCAACCUGAUCAGCAAGAAGCCAACAGGGCUGCUCCAUCUGCUGGAUGAGGAAAGCAAUUUUCCUCAAGCCACAAACCAGACGCUGCUGGACAAAUUCAAGCGUCAGCACGAGGGGAACUCCUACAUUGAAUUCCCAGCAGUGAUGGAACCAGCUUUCAUCAUCAAACACUAUGCGGGCAAAGUGAAGUACGGAGUCAAGGAUUUCCGAGAGAAGAACACGGAUCACAUGCGGCCGGACAUCGUGGCGCUGCUGCGGAGCAGCAGGAACGCUUUCAUCUGCGGGAUGAUCGGCGUCGAUCCCGUGGCUGUUUUCCGCUGGGCUGUCCUCAGGGCCUUCUUCAGGGCCAUGGUGGCCUUUAGGGAGGCUGGCAAACGAUACGUGGAGAAAAAAACAGGUAUCACUCGGAAGAGCCCGAGGACACCGCUCUCAGACCUCCAGGGAGUCAACACCAUCAACGAGAGGAGCCCACGGGAUGCCUUUGCAGUUGGCUGGAAUGGCCGGAUGGGGAUGAGGCACAACAGGCUCACCAGCCCUGGCACCUUCCUGGACAAAGAUGGGAUAUUCGUCAGCACAAGCAACAGCAAACUGCUGGAGAGGGCCCAUGGCAUCCUCAUGCGAAAUAAGAACUUCAAAGCCAAACCCAGUCUCCCAAAGCACUUGCUGGAUGUGAAGUCCCUCAAGCAUCUCACAAACCUGACAUUGCACGACCGCAUCACCAAAUCCCUCCUCCACCUCCAUAAGAAGAAAAAACCACCCAGCAUCAGUGCCCAGUUCCAGGCAUCCCUCAACAAACUGAUGGAGACCCUUGACCAAGCAGAGCCGUAUUUUGUCAAGUGCAUCCGAUCCAACGCCGAGAAGCUGCCCCUGCGGUUCAGCGACAGCCUGGUGCUCCGGCAGCUGCGCUACACGGGGAUGCUGGAGACCGUGCGCAUCCGCCAGUCAGGAUACAGCUGCAAAUACUCCUUCCAGGAUUUUGUGAACCAUUUCCACGUCCUUUUGCCACAAGGGAUCAGCCCAUCUAAGCACAAUAUCCAUGAUUUCUUCCGGAAGAUAAAACUUGCUCCAGACAAUUACCAAGUUGGAAGAACAAUGGUUUUCAUGAAGGAGCAGGAGCGGCAGCUUCUGCAAGACCUGCUGCACCAGGAGGUGCUGCGGAGGAUCACUCUGCUGCAGCACUGGUUCCGCAGCCUGCUCUGCAGAAGGCAGUUCCUGAGCCUGCGGCAUGCAGCCAUCACCAUACAGAGAUUUUGGCGUAGCUACCAGAGCCGAAAAAAAGGCAAACCAUCCCCGGACCCUGCGGCUCUCAGCAAAGCCGCUGUCAUCCUGCAGACCCACUGGCGGGGCUUCGUGGAGCGGCGGAGGUUCCUGCAGAUGCAGCUUGCAGCCCAGCUGCUGCAGAGCUGCUGGCGGGAGCACGCCCGGCGCCGGCACGCCGCCGCCACCAGCAUCCAGGCGGCCUGGCGGGGACACCGCAGCCGGCAGGCGCUCGCUGCCCGCCGGAGCAGAGCCGUGUGCCUGCAGGCCGCCUGCCGGGGAUAUCUGGCACGGCAGAGGUUUAGAGCUUUGAAAGAGCAGCAGUUAAAAGAGAUGCAGCUGGAGAAUGGCCUGGCGGGUAAAGAAGAGGAUGGGCUGGAAGGAGAUGUUUUGGAAAUUAAGGGCUCUGACCCAUCCAAGUGGGAGGACAACUCAUUUGAAGAGCGAGUGAGAGCUGUAGAACAACAUAUAUCACUGAUGGAGAAUAAUCGGGUGAAUCACAUGGACCCACUGGAUACUUCCCUGUACAAAAGGCAUGAGAGAACCAGCAGCCAGAGUGGGAUGGACACCAAGGAGGAGAUCAUCGUGAGAGAGAGGCCCAAGUCUCUGGAGGAUCUCAACCAGAAAAAAGUGGUUCGUGCAAAGAGGGAAAGCCGGAGGAUGCGGGAGCUGGAGCAGGCAAAGUUCAGCUUGGAGCUGCUCAAGGUCCGUUCCACAGGUGGGCUGUCACCUGCAGAGGAGCAGCUCUGGUCCUCUGAGCUGGUGUCAGAGGCACUGCACUCCCCUCAGGGAACCCCAGAGAGCGAGAGCUCUCAAGGGAGCUUCGAGUUGUUAAGCAGCGAAGAUACCUCAAAUAAUAAACCCAUUUCCUUAGUCUUAGAUGAUCAUGAUGCGCAGUCAUUUUCCAUGGACUCCCUGCCCAGCAGUCCCCAGGCUCAGCUGCAGGAGAAGCCUUCCUGUGCAGCAGAUGGGAACAGUGAUUUGCCCAGCUGCAGACAGACCCCGGCAGACACGGUGCUGCCCAAUAACCUCAGCAGGAAGGAGCGUGGGGUCAGUGGCCCCCAGAAUGUUACAAAGGCUCACUCAAGAGAAACCCUCCUUUCCAGCAACCUCCCGACUUUCUACGUUCCACCACAAGACAAUGUGAAGAUGAUGGAGAAUAACCUGAGGAAUAAAGCAGUGGAAAAAGAGGAAAGGACAGUUACAUUCUCCAAGGCCAGGAAGGACUCUGAGUCAGACCAGGGCAAAGCCUUGGGAGAAGAAGAGGAAGAGGAUAAACCCUCUACCAAGAGAGAGGAACGUGGGACAGUGACAGCAGCACAGGCUCUUUCUCCAGGUUCUGUCAUCAAGAGACUGGAAAAGCUCAACGUGGAGAAGGAGGAACGGCAAAAGCAGCUUCAGCUGCAAAAUGAGAGGGAGAUGAUGGAGCAGAUUCGUCAGCAGAAGGAAAUUCUGGAGAGACAACGCAAAGCCUUCGAGCAGCAAGGGAGGGUAGAGGCUUUGCAGAGGACGGAGCAGAGCAGAGUGAAGGACCCUUCCCUCAAACCAGCCAAAAAAGCAGACAGCCGGCCUCAGUCAGUGCUCAUCCUGCACCCCCAGAGCAGAGGGGAGCACGGCCCCACCCCAGGCACGGCUCCAACCUCAGCAGUGGACAUCAAGGGUCUCACUGUUGGCACCAGGGCAAGCUCUCCAGCCCACAGUGCCCCCAAGGACCGACCUGUCAGCAUGUUCGUGGAGCCAAGAGAAGCUCUGGAGCCCCGCUGCCAUUCCAAGCCAGCUCUGGACCCCAAGGACCACCCGGGCAGCCACUUCUCGAGGACAGAGCGCCUCCGGCAACCGCGGGUGCCCAACCAGGCCACUGAGGAGACCAGGGCAAGCUCCAUGUUUUUCACUCCAAAAGACAAUCCCUUCGGCCUCCACAGAGAGGCAAAUCAUCAGUGCCUUUCCAGGGGCGAACUAGCACGGAAGCCGUUUAAGAUGCCGGGGUCUGGCAGAGGCGAGGUGCCCAGACCGAGCCAUAAAAAGAAAGCCCGCAUGGCGCGGACGCGCUCCGAUUUCUUGACUAGAGGUACUUUUGCUGAUGGGGAGGGGGAUACGGAGGAAGAGGAUUACGAUGGCAGUUUUGAGUUCCUUCUCUCCUCUGAGCACCCUCCUCACACCGAGGCAGCCCGCCUGGGGCAGGCCUGUUACAGUGACUCCGAAAUGACCGUGCAGCGACUCGCCUCCGGGGAAGGCCAGGCCAAACUGCACAAAACCAUGUCCCAGGGGGAGAUUGGGAAGCUGGUGGCCACACAGAAGAGUCUGGUUCCAGAUGGGAGGCCUCAACGAGCCAAGAUGAGGUUUUGGGUGAAGGGAAAGCAAGGGGAAAAGAAGACCCCCCGGGAGAAGCUCGCUACCCAGUCUGAGCUGCUGGAGCUGUAUGCAGAAGAGGAAGCCCCUGGCAGGGAGGCCAUUCCUGGCUUGCAGCUUGGUGAAGCAGAGUUGGGUCCUCAUCACCUGACGCCCCCGCGGAGUCCUGAGCUGUCAGGCAUCUACCGGCGGGAGUUUAAGGAGAACAAGGAGCCCUCUCCCAAGGUCAAGCGCAAGCGCAGCGUCAAGAUCAGCAACGUGGCUCUGGAGCCUGUGCAGUGGCAGAACGACUCCCUGCAGAUCAUAACCAGUGCCAGUGACCUGAAGAGCAUGGAUGAGUUUCUCCUGAAAAAGAUGAAUGAACUGGACAAUGAGGAUAGCAAGAAGGACACGCUGGUGGAUGUCGUGUUCAAGAAAGCACUGAAGGAAUUCCGACAAAACAUCUUCAGCUUUUACUCCUCAGCGUUGGCAAUGGACGACGGGAAAAGCAUCCGCUACAAGGACCUCUACGCCUUAUUCGAGCAGAUUCUGGAGAAGACCAUGAGGCAUGAGCAGAGGGACUGGAGUGAGUCUCCAGUUAAAGUCUGGGUCAAUACCUUCAAAGUCUUCCUGGAUGAAUACAUGAUAGAGUACAAACCCCUGGACUACACUGCGGGGAAGGUGCCAAAAAUGGAACGAAAAAAGAGAAGGAAAAAGGAAGCAGAUGUGGUGGAAGAGCACAAUGGUCACAUUUUCAAGGCUACCCAAUACAGCAUCCCGACAUACUGUGAAUAUUGUUCCUCCUUGAUCUGGAUCAUGGACAGGGCUUCUGUUUGUAAAUUAUGUAAAUAUGCUUGUCACAAGAAAUGCUGUCUUAAAACCACAACCAAGUGCUCCAAAAAGCACGACCCCGAGCUGUCCCCGCGGCAGUUCGGCGUGGAGCUGUCCCGGCUGACCAGCGAGGAGCGCGCCGUGCCGCUGCUGGUGGAGAAGCUCAUCAACUACAUCGAAAUGCACGGGCUCUACACAGAGGGCAUCUACAGGAAAUCAGGCUCCACCAACAAGAUCAAGGAGCUGCGGCAAGGCCUCGAUACAGACAUCGAUAACGUGAAUUUAGACGACUAUAACAUCCACGUCAUUGCCAGCGUGUUCAAGCAGUGGCUCCGAGAUCUGCCCAACCCCCUCAUGACCUUUGAGCUCUACGAGGAGUUCCUGCGGGUGAUGGGGCUCCAGGAGAGGAAGGAGACGGUGCGUGGGGUGUACUCAGUGAUUGACCAGCUCUCCCGCACCCACCUCAGCACCCUGGAGCGCCUCAUCUUCCACCUGGUCAGGAUUGCCCUCCAAGAGGAGACCAACCGCAUGUCAGCCAACGCCUUGGCCAUUGUGUUUGCUCCCUGCAUCCUCCGCUGCCCUGACACAACAGACCCACUACAGAGCGUUCAGGACAUCAGCAAAACCACCACUUGCGUGGAAUUAAUUGUCAUUGAGCAGAUGAACAAGUACAAGGCUCGGCUCAAAGACAUCAACAGCCUGGAGUUCGCAGAGAACAAAGCCAAGAGCCGCCUGUCCUUGAUCCGCAGAUCUAUGAAGCCCGUACUAAUUGCAGUUAGAUUUAUGAGCAUAACCCGCAGCUCAAUCCCGGGCAAAGGACGCGUGCGGCGCGGCGCCUUCCCCAGCCCCGCCUCCCCUGUCACCGGGCGCCUGCCCUCGGUGACAGACAUCCCUGAGGAGACCAUGAGCAGCGAGGAGGCCAUGGAGAUGGAAGUGACGGAGCAGCAGCAGGCGGCCAUGCAGCAGGAGGAGAAGGUGCUGACCGAGCAGAUUGAGAGCCUGCAGAAGGAAAAGGAGGAGCUAACCUUUGAGAUGCUGACACUGGAGCCCCGUGCCUCCGACGACGAAACCCUCGAGUCUGAAGCCUCCAUUGGCACAGCCGACAGCUCUGAAAAUUUGAACUUCGACUCCGAAGGAGCCAUCUCUGAUCGCUCAGAGAGAAGUGUAGCACUUACGUCCCUGCGCCCCGCCAAGGCCGAGGGGCCGAGCCGGCUGCGGCGGCACCCCAGGAUGCGGCUGGACCCGGCGGAGCCCGCUGACACCCCCAUCUCCUCCUCCUCCUCCUCCUCCCAAUCAUCCACCUCCUGUUUGCCCCACCUGCCCCGGAAGCGCUUCCAGAUGUACUCCAAGUCUCCUUUCUACCGAGCAGGGGGGCACGGCGAGGCCCCCGAAAGCCGGGCCAGCCCCGAGGGCCCGGAGCGGCCUCUCCAUUACCCCGAGGACCGGCCGCAGUUCACCACGCGCGGGACCUUCAACCCGGAGAAGGGCAAACAGAAACUCAAGAGUGUGAAAUCUUCCCCCCCAAAAACCAAAGAGCCCCCAGAGGGGGGGCCUGGAGGGGGACACAAGAGGAACCCCGAGGCCGAUUGUGCCGCCGCCCAACCCCUUGUCCUGCUGGGGAGCAACGAGUUCAUGGUCUGAGAUGCUCCACCCUGGAGCUGCAUCCGUGCCAGGGCAUCCUCCCCCCAUUGGCAAUGCUCUGAUGGCUUCCUCGUUAACACCAGGAGACGAAUUCCUAAUUAAAAAGGCCAGGAGGGGACGGUUUUAAUGGUGGCCUUAAUGAUUUGGGGGGGGUUGAGACCUUCUGGUGGCAGGGGAUGGGAGGCACUGACCGGCUCCUGGCCCUUCCCCUCGGAGCAUCCCACGUCUCGGAGCAUCCGCCCCCAGAUCCUUGUGCUGAAUUGCCAUUGCCUGUUGGCAGGAGCAAACCAAGCCUGAAAACCCCACGGGAGCCUCCCGAGCCGGCUCCACUGCAGCCAAGCCCUCCACGCUUUACCCACCUCAUCCACACCAACGCCGAUGCAUGGAAAAGUGUUCAAACCUGCCAAAAAUCACCUUUUCCCUUUGUUUUGUUAUUUUUUAAUGAGACCUAACCAUCU